AUGGCGACAUCUCAUUCACAUGCCAACCAUCACCACCUUCGAAUGCUGUUUGUAAAGAAAUUCGGCCGAAAGGGAGACCUCAUGCGCAGUACUGAUGCAACGGGUUGGGAUGCAAAUAUGUUCACUAUAGUGGACCUUAAAUCCAACAGGGCCAUUUCCUAUGUUAGCACUCUGGGAUCUAAGUUCGGAUCGGGAAUGAACACAGAGGGACAGUAUCUGAACGACAUGAGCCAAUACGAUACGUCUAAUUCUCUGAGCGGCUUAUUUCCUGCUGUGGCCAAAGGCAAAACGAAGAUAAAAUUCGCCUAUGCUGCAGUAGGUGGCAGUU